AUAUGUUAUGUGAGCGAGCAAGAACUGACAUUUUUCUCAGCUCGUGUUUAUGAAUAUUUUUUCACGAAUUAAGGUGGUCAAAGAAUUAUCACACCACGGCARAAUAUCUUUGUUCAAACACAACCAUUGACUCUGUACCCUCGCCAUGGUAGAGGAUGACGAUUUAACGCCAAAUCUUAUGUCAAACCAAAUGUGGAGCAGCAAUGGCGAGUUUGUCCCUCCUGACGGAAUAUGCUGGGUGUCUGUUCUGUCAUGUUUGCUGCUUGCCUGCUCCUACGUUGGGAGCUUAUACGUGUGGAGAAGUGAUUUGCCAAGGGACCACCCGGCCGUUAUCAAGAGGCGCUUCACCAGUGUCCUGAUCGUGUCUGCCUUGUCGCCUGUCUUCGUGUGGACAUGGAAGGUGUACACUGGUGUGAUGCCCGGCCCGUCGUUGCUGGCUCUGAUGGGCAUUCGCUUCGAGGGCCUCAUCCCAGCCAUCAUACUGCCUCUACUGCUCACAAUGGUUCUGUUUCUUGGCCCUCUCAUCCAACUGGCUAUGGACUGCCCCUGGGGCUUCAUGGAUGGCAUACGAGUGGCCCUUGACCCAUGGUUCUGGGCUCUGUGCCUCAGGGACAUGCGCUGGCUGAGGAACCAGGUGGUGGCCCCUCUGACUGAGGAGCUGGUGUUCAGGGCUUGUAUGCUGCCCAUGCUGGUACCCUGCGCCAGCCCCUCCACUGCCAUGUUGACCUGUCCCCUUUUCUUCGGAGUAGCUCACUUUCAUCAUGUGAUCGAACUGCUGCGAUUCAGACAGGGCAGUGUGUCUGGGAUCUUUCUCGCUGCAGUGUUCCAGUUCUCCUACACCGCUGUCUUUGGAGCUUACACUGCCUUCAUAUUCAUCAGAACAGGUCACCUGGUGGGACCGGUGCUGUGCCACUCUUUCUGUAAUCACAUGGGCUUCCCUGCCCUGAGCACGGCCCUGGAGCACCACCACCGCUUCACCAUCCUCUCCUGCUACCUGCUGGGMGUCCUCCUCUUCCUCCUCCUCCUCUUCCCCCUCACAGACCCCCUCUACUACGGCCUGCCCACCCCCGUCUGCACCCUGGCCUCUGUCCCCAGCUCCCUAUGCAUCUCCUGAUCCCACGCCCACCCACCACACACACCCCUCUGUACUUGAUGGACCGGUUUGCUGAUUCUACCACCCAUCAGCAGCCAAAAGGAGCACUAGGGGUGUUUUAGCUCUUCGGUCAUGCCUGCUUGGAUGGGCUCUCUCUGGGGGGAGGUGGGAAGUGUUAAGGCUGUGUCAGGUAUCAGUACUAURGGCUGUCUCUACUAUGUAUGCUGCUAGGGGCAACAGGGUAACUUAGACAGCCAUUCCCUAUGUUCAGGUUACAUUGGCGCUCAGUCAGUCAGUUAGCCAGUCAGUCAAUAUGUGGUCUGUAGUGUAGACUCAACAAAGGAACCGUAUCUGGCCAAGACGUGAGGCGCUGUAGUAGUAAGACAUUUUGYUGGUCAAUAACAUCAGUGUUUUCAUCUGUUCUAGAUGCUGAAUAAGAGUUAUUUAUUUACACAUCUGCAUGUUUCUAUACUGUAGUGUUUUAUUGGUGGGGGAUAGGUGGGUUGUUACAGCUGGACUGGAGUUGUCCAGGAUAGUUUAUCCACGGUUCUCAGUCUUCCUCUCAGGCUUUUAAGACACCAGACGAUUGGUGUUUGGCYAGAUCACAAAGUGUACAGUCUUUACCCAGCCCUGAAUCCAGUCAUUCACUCUAGUUGUCGCUCAUUCCAAGCAUCCAUUCCAAGUCAUGCUGAUAGAAGCCUAUAAUCACCAAGCUAACAUUACCAUUCUUAGGGCCAGGAGUUUUUCCCUGACUAUGUGAACCUGAUCAGGAAAAACUCUGGGCCCCUACCAUUCGCUGCACAGUUUGACCUUUUACAAGGGUUAUCCAUGURCGUGGCUCUUUGUUCUAGAACUGCUUUUUUAUUUGAGCGAUUUGAAMGGGGAAGUACCUUAAGGUGGGGUGGGAUGACGGACACUUAACCCCCUUAAGGGUCUUGAACCCUUGUAAGACUCAGGUGUACUGUAGUCGUAUGUAGGUUUGAAUGCUWUCUAACCACUACUUUGCAUGCUGCUAUAUGUUACAAUAUGGAUGUCAGACAAGAUGACAGGUCUAUAUUCUUCUACAGAUGGACACACACACACACCAAGCUACAGUGCAAUUGGAAAGUAUUCAGACCCCUUGACUUUUCCCACGUUUUG